CAAUUUUCAAUUAAUAAAUCCAUAUUUAGCAAAACUUUUAUCGAAUUCCGAAUAGCGGGAACGCCGACCUUUACGACCAUGAGCAUCCCAGGCUCAGAGUCGCCAUGUUAAUAGUGUGAUCAGCUUUUAAAGCACACUGAAGACCCGUCCCAACAGAGCAGACACACUUCAGACUUGUAACACAACAUCUGACCCUCCAUCAUCAUGAUCACCUCAGAGCUCCCGGUGCUACAGGACACUGGGGAUUCGGGUCAGGACACAGUGAGUCUCAGUAUGAGCAUGAGUGAGCUGGACGACCCUGGAGACGGAAAGAUCAAGAAGAAGAGAGGAAGACCUGGCAGACCACCAGCAGCCAACAAGAAGCCUCGGAAAUCUCCAUCAGAAAAGGGCUUUAUGGCAGUCCAGAGGGGGAGAAAGGCCAAUGGCAUUAGCCAGCAGAAUGGAGAGGGAGAUCCUGUUACUCUGUUUGAAGUGGUCAAACAGGGAAAGAGUGCUAUGCAGUCUGUGGUUGAUGACUGGAUCGAGUCGUAUAAGCAGGACAGAGAUCUAGCACUUCUGGACCUCAUCAACUUCUUCAUCCAGUGCUCUGGCUGUAAAGGCACUGUAAGAAUCGAAAUGUUUCGUAAUAUGCAAAAUGCUGAAAUCAUCCGCAAAAUGACAGAAGAGUUUGAUGAGGACAGUGGCGAUUACCCUUUGACCAUUUCUGGCCCUCUGUGGAAGAAGUUCCGCUACAACUUCUGUGAGUUCAUCUGUGUGCUGAUCCGCCAAUGCCAGUACAGCAUCAUCUACGAUGAGUACAUGAUGGACACAGUCAUCUCUCUGCUCACAGGCCUGUCAGACUCACAGGUCCGAGCCUUCAGACACACCAGCACUCUCGCAGCCAUGAAGCUGAUGACAGCUCUGGUGAACGUGGCUCUGAACCUGAGCAUUAACCAGGACAACACACAGAGACAGUACGAAGCUGAACGCAGCAAAAUAGUGGGAAAGAGAGCCACUGAGAAGCUUGAGCUCCUGCUUCAAAAGAGGAAAGAGCUUCAAGAAAACCAAGAUGAAAUCGAAAACAUGAUGAAUUCCAUCUUCAAGGGAAUCUUUGUUCAUCGCUAUAGGGAUGCAAUAGCUGAAAUCAGAGCCAUUUGUAUAGAGGAGAUCGGUGUAUGGAUGAAAAUGUACAGCGAUGCCUUCCUGAACGACAGCUACCUGAAGUACGUGGGCUGGACCUUACAUGACCGGCAAGGUGAAGUGCGCUUGAAGUGUUUGAAAGCCUUACAAAACCUUUACACAAACCGCGAACUGUUUCCAAAACUUGAGCUCUUCACAAACCGCUUUAAGGACCGUAUCGUGUCCAUGACGCUGGAUAAAGAGUAUGACGUUGCUGUGGAAGCCAUCAGACUGGUCACGCUCAUCCUGCAGGGUAGCGAGGACGCUCUGUCUAAUGAAGACUGUGAGAAUGUGUAUCAUCUGGUGUACUCGGCUCACAGGCCUGUGGCAGUGGCUGCUGGGGAGUUUCUGCAUCGGAAGUUGUUCAGCAGACAUGAUCCUCAGGCAGAGGAAGCUCUGGCCAAACGCAGAGGGAGGAGCAGCCCAAAUGGAAACCUCAUCCGCAUGCUGGUGCUUUUCUUUUUGGAGAGUGAGCUGCAUGAACAUGCUGCCUAUCUAGUGGACAGUUUGUGGGAGAGCUCUCAGGAGCUGCUGAAGGACUGGGAGUGCAUGACUGAACUGCUGCUGGAGGAGCCAGUGCAGGGAGAGGAGGUGUUGGCAGACAGGCAGGAGAGCUCUCUGAUUGAACUGACUGUCUGUACCAUUCGUCAGGCCGCAGAGGCCCAUCCACCAGUGGGGAGAGGGACUGGGAAAAGGGUCUUGACUGCGAAAGAGAGGAAGAUGCAGAUUGAUGACAAAAACAAAUUAACAGAGCACUUCAUCAUGGCUCUCCCCAUGCUGCUCUCAAAAUACCAGACAGAUUCAGAGAAAGUAGCUAAUCUUCUGCAGAUCCCACAGUAUUUUGACCUGGACGUGUACAGCGCUGGGAGAAUGGAGAAGCACUUGGACGCGUUGCUAAAGCAGAUCAAGUUUGUAGUGGAGAAGCACACGGACAUAGAAGUGCUGGAGGCCUGCAGUAAAACAUACAGCAUCCUGUGCAGUGAAGAAUACACCAUUAUGAACCGUGUGGACAUCGCCCGCAGUCAACUGAUCGAUGAACUAGCCGACCGCUUCAACCACUCGGUGGAGGAGCUGCUGCAGGCGGGGGAAGAGGCGGAUGAUGAUGACAUCUACAAUGUUCUCUCCACGCUGAAGAGACUCACAGCCUUUCACAACGCUCACGAUUUGACCAGAUGGGAUUUUUUUGGAAACUGCUACAGGUUGCUAAGGACAGGAAUAGAGCAGGGCUCCAUGCCUGAGCAGAUAGCAGUGCAGGCUCUUCAGUGUUCUCAUUACUCCAUACUCUGGCAGCUGGUGAAGAUCACAGAGGGAGCUCCGUCCAAGGACGAUCUCCUAGCACUACGGAGGGUCGUCAAGUCUUUUCUUGCUAUAUGCCAGCAGUGUCUAUCAAACGUCAACACGCCGGUAAAAGAGCAGGCAUUCAUGCUGCUCUGUGACCUGCUGAUGAUCUUCAGUCACCAGCUCACCACAGGCUCCAGAGAGGGUCUGCAGCCACUAGUCUUCAUCCCAGACGGCACGCUGCAGAACGAGCUCCUCAACUUCAUCCUUGAUCAUGUGUUUAUAGAUCAGGAUGACGAGAACCAGAGCAUAGAGGGUGAUGAAGAGGAUGAAGCAAACAAGAUUGAGGCCUUACACAAGAGGAGGAACCUUCUAGCUGCCUUCAGCAAACUCAUCAUUUAUGACAUCAUAGACAUGCCUGCUGCUGCAGACAUCUUUAAACACUACAUGAGGUACUACAACGAUUAUGGCGACAUCAUCAAGGAGACUCUAAGUAAGACCAGACAGACGGACAAGAUACUGUGUGCCAAAACACUCAUCUUGAGUUUACAACAGCUAUUUAAUGAGCUGAUCCAAGAUCAGGGGCCUAACUUGGACAGGACCUCGUCUCAUGUGAGUGGCAUUAAGGAACUGGCGCGCCGCUUUGCCCUCACCUUCGGAUUAGAUCAGAUCAAGACCAGAGAGGCUGUAGCCACACUGCACAAAGAUGGGAUUGAGUUUGCCUUCAAGUACCAGAAUCCAAAAGGAGCAGAGUAUCCUCCUCCCAAUCUGGCCUUUCUUGAGGUUCUCUGUGAAUUUUCCUCCAAGCUGCUUCGCCAAGACAAGAAAACAGUACAUGCGUAUCUGGAGAAGUUCAUGACGGAGCAGAUGAUGGAGCGGCGGGAGGACAUCUGGCUUCCACUCAUCUCCUACAGGAACUCUCUGCUGACGGGUGGGGAUGAAGAUCGCAUGUCCAUCACCAGCGGGAGCAGCAGUAGCAAAGCUGGAUCCAUACGCAGCAAGAAGGGCCGACCGCCACUGCACAAGAAACGCAUUGAGGAGGAGAGCAUGGAGGGCUCUUGGAUGAUGAGGAAUGACAGCAUUCAGACGCCCGGAGGCCUGCAGACGCCUCAGCUAACCUCCACCGUUCUCCGUGAAAACCCUCGACAGGCUGCCGAACACCUGCCUGAGCAGGACACUGAGCCCGGCUCGGAGUCGGACUAUGUUCAUAAUCCUCAGAUGCAGAUGUCGUGGCUCGGCCAGCAGAAGAUGGAGGAGGUGAGCAGGAAAGAGCGGACAGCCAUGAGCUACAUAAAGGCCCGCAGUGGAGGAGUGCGACAGACUGUACGUGGGCUAAUGGAGGAUGACGCGGAGCCCAUCUUUGAGGACGUCAUGAUGUCGUCUCGGGGACAGCUGGAGGACAUGAGUGAGGAGUUUGAGGACACCAUGGUCAUCGAUCUGCCUCCAUCCAGGAACCGGCGGGAGAGAGCAGAACUCAGACCAGACUUCUUUGACUCUGCAGCCAUGAUUGAGGAUGAGUCGGGAUUCACGAUGCCCAUGUUCUGAGGUGCCACAUCAGAUAGAAGAGAGGAGCAUUCGGUUUGAUUGAAGCAAGGGCUGAAGAGACAUUCACAAAGCGGAGGAAGCACUGAUGUCCAUGUUCAGUGACUCUGAAUCAAACUCUCCACAAACCCUCAAUCGUCCUCUUUCAUCAAGCACCACAUCAAAGGAGUUUUCCCCCCACCCAGAUGCAGUCCCAUCACGUCACGUAUGGUGAAAUGUCCCGUCUUCAUCAGCUCAUCUGAAUCGCACUGAAUGGGAUUUACGUCGUGGUACAGAUUUAUCAUGUAAGAAUGUACGCUCCCAUAUGUUCAAGAUGUACAUAUUUGUGUUUAUCCAUCCUACUAUGUAGAAGCCCUGUACAGUUAGAAUAUGAUGAAGUCGCUUUAACUAUCAGUCCAACAAAAGCAACAGUAGUAAAUGUUGAUCGAUCUUCAGGUGGUCUAAAUUUACACAACGCCCAAUAGUAUUCAAUAGCCAUAAUUCUGGUUAAGUGUGUUACGUUUGGUCAGUGUUGAGGCCUGUUCACGCCACGGAUGAGAAUUAUGAUGAUAAUAUUAAAGGGUUUAAAAAUAGUUAAGCAUAAGAGAAUAGCAGGCACAUCACAUCAGCUGUUAUGAAUAUAGAAGACAAACAAUAUUGUUGUAAUCACUUCACAGCUAUUUUUUUUUCUAGCAAGUGAGGUAUUAAAACAGUGAGGAGAAAUCAGAAUUCAGAGAUUUAUACAGGUUUUAUGAAGAUCAAUUUACUACUUUUUAAAUGACAAAUCAAACAAUAUUGUAUUUUUAAUCCGAAGGGAACGCAGUAUGUUCUCCAAAGUAUAUGUGCAGCUGUAAUAGCAACACUUCAUAUAUAAAAAAUACUACCUUGUACAGAUCUGUUAAUUUUUAAUUCUUUUUACAUAGUGAUGUGAUGUUGUGCACCGAGGCUUUGAAGCAUGUACCAAAAAAAAAAGAUGCACCUCGCAUUGAAGCAGUGUAUCGAAGCUUGAUUCGUUUUGCCAUAAUCAUGUGAUCAGUGACGUCCGAAGCUUCAUUUUCGCCUAUACCCACGUGACUGCUUCGAAUUUUGAUUCAAAGGUUUAAACACCCUUGCGGGUUAGUAAAGUGUAUAGUGAGAGAUUAGGCAUCGAUUACAUUAGGAUUGCACGGUUUACCGGUACUAUGGUAGUGUCGUAACACUAUGGCUCCAAAAUACUGGCAGUGCCACUGUAGUUUGUAAAUGGUAGUAUCGUCAUUAACGGUCUGUCUACAAUACAUAAUGUUGCAUGUGGAAAAGUCAGUAAAAUGCUCACGUUUCGGCAACAAUAGACCAUUGUAUUUUAAUAGGCUAUGGAGCCUUCUAAGGUUGCAAAACAUUUCUGCUCCUGUCAAUAUUUAAAAGCUACAACAACCAUGACAAUCUCUUAAAAAGAACAACUCACAAAGUGAAAUUUUAAAAUACUUUGGAUUCUUACCUGAUAACGAUUGAAGAAGAAAAAAAAAAACAAUAGAUGAAAAACCCAAAAUAGCAACAAGAAACGUUGAAUCAAUUUUUGGCUACUUCAUAUAUUUUUUUGGAAAAAUCCUCUUUUUAUAACGAAUUUCCUUUGGUAUAAUUUGUAUCUUUAUUUUAAUGUAUUUUUUGCUGGUACGAAUACAUUUUAGAUAAAGAAACACGCAAAUACUUUUUUCAAUAAUAAGGGAAUUAUUCAAUUCAAGUAGGCCAAUUAUAACAAAUAAAAUAUAGUAUUUCUGACAUUUUUAUUUAUUUCAUGGAUUUGAGUUAUGAAUUACAGUAUCACAAUACUACUUGGUAUCAUGAUACUUCAGCUGGUAUAGUAUCGUGGUCUUGAAUUAAUGGUUUCGCGACAACCCUAUCGCUACAUACAUUUCUACUGUUUCAAAGCACUGCACUGGUCCCACACACCAGAAAUCCAACUAAAAUACAAUAGUAAUUUAUAGUAAAAGCUUUUGGACCAUAUUAAAGUGUAUUAGUGUAUUAUUUACAACUUUUUUUUAAAGAAGGCCACUGCAUAUUGUAGUAUAGUGUGUAACAGAGGACAGCUGAUGAGUGCAAUUCACAGCUUCACUCUGAUAGCCUCCUCCUUAGAGCAUUCGCCUCCCGUACAGGAAUCGCCGGUUCGAUCCCCGUUCGGAACAAAUGAAUGGUUGUAGGACUGUUUGGAAUUAAUGAACAUAAAUAUUUUUGAAUACCUUGGAUUUUACUACCGUCAUCUGUGGUGUAAUGUAAGAUAUCUUAUACGUAAAAAACACUAUAGUAAUUGAGUAAUUUGUUUAUGUUACUGUUGUGUUACUACAUGAGUGAGUUGGUCAGUUGUGAACAUUUGACAUUUUGUCCUUAUCGAGCUCUGAUUUGAAAAGCUUCGAGUAAUGAAUCUUUUUCCGAUACAAUUGAGUCAAACGGUUCACUGGUUCAGAAAGCUUCAUUUCACCAUCACUAUUUUUACAUAUAAAGGCUAACUCUGAUUCUAAACACUAAAAAAGGAAAUGACUUAAGGUUAUUUUUGUCUUGUUUUCAUUAAAAAUGUAUAGUUUCUAAAAUGUAUUUUCUUGAGGAAAAACAUGAGGUAAAAAUUCUUGUGUUUUUCCGUAAAACUGAUUAAUGAAAUGGUUUAAAUUAGAACACAUAUCUGUUAAUAUGCUCAAUAAAUCAACUACAUUUAAGCUGGAAGGUUGUUUGAUGGUUGAAAGCCUUCCUGCUUCAGUUUAGUCAAAUUUUCUGAGCUCAUUAACAGAUUUGUAUUUUAAUUUUAACCAUUUCAUCAAUCAAUUUAGCUGAAAACAAGACUUUUAGGCUUUUUUCAGCAUGUAUUUUUGUUCCCAUGAAAAUGUCUUGAUUUAGGGAACUUAAAUCAAAAGCAUACUUUGAAAUUUCUAAAUUGUUUUAUUGAGGAAAAAAAAGUACAUGCAAACUUUAUUGCUAAACUAUGAAUUUCUGCUCUGAUUUAAGACCUUUUUUAAGGCCUUUAAUUUAGAAAUGGCAAAAUCGUGACUAAGAUCCAUAGAAAACAAUUUUAAAGAUUCAACAAAAAUGCAGUCAGCUCUAAUGAAGCCCCGUUUACAGUUUACAUCCAAUCUUAAGGUGCAACUUCAUCAAUCAGGUCACAAAUGCUGGUCUAAAUGAGGUCUAAGACGAUUCUAGUUUGUCCACUUUUAGUGUAAUCACACGCUCAAAUUAUCCAGAAAGAGUAAUAAAAAGUUCUCUGAAUACACACGAUUGUUAAGGGAUGUGUUGUAAGAAUCCAAAAACAAGAUUGACAUUCAAAAUGGUAGUUGCCAAUCACAUCUUUUUCGUUUACUUGCUUUCCUCCCAAAAAAACAUAAUUUUGUUCAUUCAAAAAAUACUUAUCGCACUGAGCACUUGCGCAAAACCAAUGUAAAGCAUUAUAAACUAUGAAAUCUGAAUUCAACUUUUCACAGGAGACGCAACUGAAUGCAUUAAUCUUAGCUGACAGCUUACGAUUGCUUUCCUGAAACACACAUGAGCUAAUAAAUAGAACGUUGUCAUGAAUCAGUAGCUGGGUUUUCGUCACCUUGUAUUACAGAGCAUUUUAAAGUAUCUUGAAAAACAAUGACGGAAACAGCACAUUUCAAAGAAAAAUCACUUCAAUCGCAAAAAACCCCCCCCACAAAAAAACCUGUUUAACACUAAUAAUGGGAGAUGGAAACGCAUUUGCCAAAUAUACACUAAUCAGCUGUCUCAAUUAUGCUUGCCCCAUUUACUGUUGGUUACUAGGUUACCAAUACUACAGUCAGCUGCUCUAACAACUUAAUGGAACACCAUACUGGCAAACUUUAAAAAGAUUUAUUCAUGGCCUCUAAUAUAUUUUUAUUGUUAUCUUCAUAGUUGUGGUUCGUGGUGUGAACAGGCCUUUAAAAAUGCAGUGAUUAUUGUCAGAAACGAGACCGAGCCAAAAAUCUCAAUGACACAUUUGUCCUGAAGGUGCGUUUCAUUACAUGUCGUGUAAUUUUGGCCUGCAGAAACAUUUGAAUGGUCAGUAUAUGAUUUCCAGUAGAUUUAGUUCUAAUGAGGUGAGGUUUAUUUGUGUGAAACGUCUAAACGGCAGGGUGUUUUUGUGUGGAUCAAACUGCAGAGGCCCGUUUCAGUGCUCUAUGGUCCUGUGCUCUCCAAAAGUGAAACGUUACACCGUCGACAACACAAGUUUCCCAAGAUGCUCAUGACUUCCCAUCCCGAGCCUCGCUUAGUUUUGCUAGUGUUCCUGUAAAUUGUACAUUUUCAAUAUGAAAUGGGUUUUCUUUUUGUACAACCUAGAAAUGAUGUACCACUUUCCCUUUUAAUGGAAAACUGUUCUAAAACUUUUCUUCUGUGAACUUACGGACGAUUCCCUUUUUCAGAAAAAGAAAAAAAAAUUAAAUGUGUAAUCAUGAA